AUGGCGGCCUUCCGCGACAUGGAAGAGGUGAGCCAGGGGCUGCUGAGCCUGUUGGGCGCCAACCGCGCGGAGGCGCAGCAACGGCGGCUGCUGGGGCGCCACGAGCAGGUGGUGGAACGGCUGCUGGAGACGCAAGACAGCGCCGAACAACGGCUGCGAGAGAUCCUGGCUGCAGAAGAAGAAGUGGCCCAGAGCCUUCUGGAUGCGAAGGAGCGGGCGCACCAGGGGGGCGCCGAGUUGCAGCAGCUCGAAGCUGAGCUCCGGAAGGCCAGCGAGGAGGACACCUGUCUGAAGGCCAGCCUCCUUCAGCUCACCAGAGAGCUGGAGGAGCUCAAGGAGACCGAGGCCAGUCUCGAGAGGCAGGAGAGGGAAGUUGACGAAGACACGACUGUCACCAUCCCUUCGGCCGUGUAUGUGGCUCAGCUUUAUCGCCAGAUUAGCAAAAUUGAGUGGGACUAUGAGUGUGAGCCAGGGAUGGUCAAAGGCAUUCAUCACGGCCCCAGCGUCGCCCAGCCUGUCCAGCUGGACAGCACCCAGCUCUCCAAGAAGUUCAUCAGCGACUAUCUCUGGAACUUGGUAGACACGGACUGGUAGCCCGGAGCCUCAAGGACGCGUCUGCACACGGCACGAGUCAGUGUGGUGGGUGGUCGGUGCCUCAGCGGUGAGAGGAGCUGAAAAUUAAAUGUUUCUCCAGAGACGGGUUUUGGACCAGAUUUCUUUUGGCCCCUGACCGUGGCCUCAGUGGCUGGACUGGCCCUGGCCGGGUAACCCUAGAGAACUAACUGGACUUCAGGCUGCUGCUUCACGUCUGAGACGACACUGUGCGAAUGGCGCUGCGGUAUACGAGGAUAGGUCCCAGGGCUCUGUCGUCUGGGAUUCGCUCAGGGCCCAUCCUCGAGUGCCACCGUGCGCCCGGAACUGUGCCGGGUGCCCAAGACACAGACAAAGGGGACGAGGAUCCCUUCGGCCGAGGAAGGAGUCAAGUCGGAGUGGAUGCCACCCUUGAGCUAGAGAGGGUCAGGAGUGCUACGGGACCCUGGCCGGGGAGGGCACAGAGACAGGGGCGACUUUUGUGCCAGGACCAGAAAGGACAAGGAGUCGAUGAGGAAGAGAUUCGGGGAGGGGGGUGGGUUGUGUAUCGGAGCCCGCGGGCCGCCUCCCUGAUCCUGGGCCCCCCUCCCCCCUAAGUAAGGGAGCCCUUGUAGCUUCCUGAGCAAAGCAUUUCUCAGCCUCCCUUGCAGCUAAGUGCCAGCCAAUGAAAUAUAAGUGGAAAUGUGUGAGACUUCUAGAAGGAUCCCUAAAAGGCAAGGGAAUAUACCCUUUCUUUCCCCUCCCCUCUCUUUUCUGGAAUUGGAAGUGCUGACUGGAGCCCUGGCAGUCCUGUUGACACAUGUGAGGAGGGAUACAGUCCUCUCGGGGUGAUGGGAGCCUGGUCCCCUGACAACAGUGGAACUGGGUAUCAGCACCGGACUCUACGUGGG